GUCUCUCUCUCUACCCAUUUCUGGAAAAAAGUAAGUACUCACUCUCUCUCUCUCUCUCUCUCUCUCUCUCUCUCUCUCUCUCUUCACAUGCACAAACACUGAUCUUCCUCCCACUCUCAUCCCAUUCCUCUCCGCUCACAAAAUCAGCAAAGCAGUCCAUCAGUGUUCAGUGAUUACUAGUUGAAUUCAGUGGCAGAGUGAAGAUGUGGAAGCUUAAAAUCGCAGACGGAGCAGGCAAUCCGUGGCUUCGCACCACAAACAAUCACGCAGGCCGUCAAAUUUGGGAGUUCGAUCCUAAACUUGGAUCUCCGGAAGAGCUUGCGGAGAUCGAGAAGGUUCGAGAACAUUUUCGACAAAAUCGCUUCACUCAAAAACACAGCUCCGAUCUUCUUAUGCGCAUUCAGUUAGCAAAGGAGAAUCAAGAUAGUAUCGUCUUGCCACGGGUCAGUGUAAAAGAUACAGAAGAUAUAUCAGAGGAUGAUGUGACAGUGACAUUAAAAAGAGCUUUGAGGUUUCAUUCAACCAUCCAGGCCUCAGAUGGACACUGGCCAGGAGAUUAUGGCGGUCCUAUGUUUCUGUUACCUGGUCUUGUUAUAACUCUAUCAAUAACCGGGGCACUGAAUGCAAUCCUAUCAAAAGAACAUAAACAGGAGAUGUGUCGGUAUCUUUACAAUCAUCAGAACAUUGAUGGUGGGUGGGGUUUACACAUUGAGGGUGCAAGUACAAUGUUUGGUACUGCUUUGACCUAUGUCACUUUAAGGCUGCUUGGGGAAGGAGCUAAUGAUGGACAAGGAGCAAUGGAAAAAGGGCGUCAAUGGAUUUUGGAUCACGGUGGUGCCACUUCAAUAACAUCAUGGGGGAAAAUGUGGCUUUCAGUUCUUGGUGUCUUUGAAUGGUCUGGAAACAAUCCUUUGCCACCAGAGAUCUGGCUGUUACCUUAUAUUCUUCCAGUUCACCCGGGAAGAAUGUGGUGUCACUGUCGGAUGGUUUAUCUGCCCAUGUCGUACUUAUAUGGGAAGAGGUUUGUUGGUCCAAUUACACCGACUGUUCUCUCUUUGAGAAAAGAGAUUUUUAAUGUGCCUUAUCAUGAGAUUGAUUGGAAUCAAGCACGCAACUUAUGUGCAAAGGAAGAUCUGUACUAUCCACACCCUCUGAUACAGGAUAUACUUUGGGGAACUCUACACAAGGUUGUGGAGCCUGUCUUAAUGAAUUGGCCUGGAAAGAAGUUAAGAGAGAAAUCUCUUCGCACUGUUAUGGAACACAUUCAUUAUGAGGAUGAAAAUACUCGGUAUAUAUGUAUAGGGCCCGUGAACAAGGUAUUAAAUAUGCUGUGCUGUUGGGUGGAAGAUCCAAAUUCUGAGGCUUUUAAGCUACAUCUCCCACGACUAAAUGAUUUUUUAUGGGUUGCUGAGGAUGGCAUGAAAAUGCAGGGUUAUAAUGGAAGUCAAUUGUGGGAUGCUGCUUUUGCUGUUCAGGCAUUUUUAUCAACAGAACUCACUGAAGAAUAUAAUUCAACUCUCAGAAAAGCACAUAUGUUCAUAAAGAAUUCACAGGUGGUAAAUGACUGCCCUGGUGACCUUGACUACUGGUAUCGCCAUAUUUCUAAAGGUGCUUGGCCUUUCUCCACUGCAGAUCAUGGAUGGCCAAUUUCAGAUUGCACCGCUGAAGGGCUCAAGGCUGCUCUUCUACUGUCAAAAUUGUCACCAGAGCUUGUUGGUGAACCUCUAGAUGCCAAUAGGCUGUACGAUGCUGUCAAUGUGUUACUUUCUCUACAGAACAGCGAUGGUGGCUAUGCAACUUAUGAGCUCACGAGAUCCUAUGGAUGGCUAGAGUUGAUUAACCCUGCUGAAACAUUCGGUGACAUUGUUAUUGACUACCCUUACGUUGAAUGUACCUCAGCAGCAAUUCAAGCUUUGUCAACUUUCAAGAAAUUAUAUCCUGGGCAUCGUCGUGAAGAAAUAAAUCUUUCUAUUGAAAAAGCUGCUUCGUUCAUUGAAAAAAUACAAGCAUCAGAUGGCUCAUGGUAUGGUUCUUGGGCAGUUUGCUUCACCUAUGGAACAUGGUUUGGUGUAAAAGGUUUAGUAGCAGCAGGAAGGAGCUUUGAGACUUGCUCUAGUAUUCGCAAGGCUUGUGCUUUCCUGUUAUCCAAGCAAGUUCCUUCAGGUGGUUGGGGUGAAAGUUAUCUUUCUUGUCAAAACAAGGUUUAUACAAAUCUUGAGGGCGAUCGGUCUCAUGUUGUGAAUACUGGAUGGGCUAUGCUGGCUCUCAUCGAUGCUGGACAGGCCGAGAGAGAUGCUACACCAUUGCACCGUGCAGCAAAACUAUUGAUUAGUUCUCAGAUGGACAAUGGAGAUUUUCCACAACAGGAAAUCAUGGGGGUCUUCAAUAGGAACUGCAUGAUCACUUAUGCUGCAUACAGACUCAUUUUUCCUAUUUGGGCUCUAGGAGAAUACAGAUGUCGAGUUCUUCGGGGUCGUUGAUGUCUUCUGUUUAUUCCUCCUGUAAUAUGUUUGUUUUUCUAUGUAGUAUGUACAAUGGUUAAGCUCUUUACUCAAGCUCCAUGUAGUUGGUGUAUUCACUGAGAGGCAAUUGAGCAACCUAGGAAAAGUGGAUCACCUAGUGGAACUAAUGUAGUGAGUGAUUUUCUGGAGCUAAUGUAGUAAGUGUCGGUAAUUCUUCUAUGGAGCUAAUCUAGCUAGUGAUUUUAUGAUGCGGACUUUUAUAUAGUGGGUUCUGUUAAACUGAA